AUGGGAAAAUCCAGUAAAGACAAACGCGAUGUCUACUAUCGCAUGGCCAAGGAGCAGGGUUGGAGAGCUCGCAGCGCCUUCAAGCUGAUGCAGGUCGACGAGGAAUUCAACCUUCUCGAAGGUGUCACCAAGGCUGUCGAUCUUUGUGCUGCCCCCGGAAGUUGGUCCCAGGUCCUAAGCAAGAAGCUGGUUGAGAACCAGAAGGAGGGAGAGGAAGCCAAGAUCGUUGCUGUGGAUCUUCAAGCAAUGGCACCGUUGCCAGGAGUGAUUCAGUUGCAAGGCGAUAUCACCAAGCAGUCGACAGCGGAUCAAAUUAUCUCUUACUUUGACGGCGAGAUGGCCGACAUUGUUGUCUGCGACGGCGCACCCGAUGUGACGGGAUUGCACGACAUGGACGAGUACAUCCAAGCACAAUUGCUGUUGGCAGCACUCAACAUCACAACCCACGUUCUCCGGCCCGGUGGAUCCUUUGUCGCAAAGAUCUUCCGUGGAAAGGAUAUUACUCUCCUCUACACCCAGCUCAAGGUCUUCUUCCCCAAGGUCACAUGUAGCAAACCCAGGAGUUCCCGCAACUCUAGUAUCGAGGCAUUCAUUGUGUGCCAGGACUAUACCCCACCCAAAGACUAUGUUCCUAACAUGGGCAACCCAUUGCUCGACCUCGCCCCAACGGACGCACAAGGAAACUCAAACAGGACGAUCGUCCCCUUCAUCGCCUGUGGGGACUUGAGCGGGUUCGAUUCAGACAUGACCUACGCGUUGCCUGAUUCUGGAAACAAUGAGGAUUAUAAGGUAUUAGCCCCCGUCCAGAUGCCCAUCACAGCGCCGUACCUGAGCGCCAUGGAGAAGAAGCGUAAGGGCUUCUUUAACGAACAAAUGUCCAAGAAGUGA